AUGACACCGCCAACAAAAACACCAGACUCCCUCAUCAAUCACGCCUCCGCCAUCCAAUACUGGAACAGCAUGCCUGCCACCGUCAACGGCAUGCUAGGCGGCUUCCCGCAAAUCUCUCGCAUUGACUUGCGCGGAUCAGCGAAUUUCCUAGCCAAAAUCCGCCGCCUGCUACAGAUCGAAGGGGACACCACCGCCGCAACGACCACAACAGCAACGACCAGUAAAAGCCACAAACUCAAGCGCGGCGUUGACUGUGGUGCCGGCAUUGGGCGCGUCACCGAAGGGCUACUGGGCAAGGUGUGCGAAACGGUGGAUGUAGUUGAGCCUGUGGAGAAGUUUGCGCAGGUCAUUCGGGAUGGGCCCUUGAUGAAGAAACAAAAACAGAACAAGGAAGGGGUGGAGAAAGACGAGAAUGAAGACGAAGAUGGGCAAGAUGGGGUUGUGGAAGAUGUCUAUAUCGUCGGACUCGAAAAUUGGCACCCAGAAAAGAAAUACGACCUCAUCUGGAACCAGUGGUGUGUUGGACAUCUCACCGAUGCCCAACUAGUGGCUUACCUCAAGCGAGCUGCGAGCGCGUUGACGCCGAAUGGACUUUUGGUUUUGAAGGAAAAUAACUCGACCGAGCUUGAUGGCACGGAUGCCUUUGAUGCAGUCGAUAAUGCUGUUACUAGGACCGAUGAGAGUUUUAGGAGGUUGUUCAAGGAGGCGGGCUUGGUGCUGUUUAAGUCGGAGGAGCAAUUGGGGUUUCCGAGGCAGUUAAAUCUGCUUCCUGUAAGAUAUUAUGCUUUGCGGCGCCCGUCACGACCUACUUAG